GAUAUUCAAUCAAGCAUUUUAUUCCUAUCCCCAACUCAUCGAGUUCGAAUCUACCAGACAUCAUCAUAACUGCAAGAGUGCAUACUCAGACAAGCAGCCCUAGGCAAUAUCUCCUCCACCGAAAGAGACAUCAACGACCCGUCCUACCACUAAGAGGCAACUUCGACAUGGUUUUCAUCUACUUGGGGAAGAAGGCCUACCGGGCCCUGAAGGGUUCGGGCAAAACGCAAACGACACCAGCCACAAAGUUAACAGGAACAGAAGGAUCAAAGAGAGAGAACACAACCUACCAGGAUAAGACCAGCCAAAACCCCUUAGAGAGAACUUCAAGUACACCGACUUGCGGUCACCAAUUCGAUUCGGCCUCUGGACCCUGCCCGACAUGCAAGUCUGAGCGCAAGGCCCAGCUCAAGUACAGAGUCAAGCUCUUUGCCGGCCUAGUACUCCCCUUUGUAGUCCAAGCCUUGGACGUGACAAUCGUCGCCAGUGCCUUGCCCUGGAUUGCAGCCGACUUCCAUGAAACUCGCCAGCUCAACUGGAUCAUCGCAGCCUUCAACCUCACAUCAGCCGCCUUCAUUCCCUUCUGGGGCCAGAUCGCCGACAUCUUCGGACGCCACGUCUCGAUACAGACCUGUUUGGUGCUGAUGCUCAUCGGCAGCGCGCUGUGCACCGGCGCCCCGACAGAUGCUUUCCCCGUCCUCCUGCUCGGCCGCGGCUUCCAAGGCCUGGCGUGUGCUGGGCUCAACGUCCUCGUCCGCAUCGUCAUCGCCGACAAGGUGACCCUGCGCGAGAACGCCAAGAACUGGGCAAUCUUCUCCUUCUUAGGAGGUGUCUUGGGAUGGGGACUGGGUCCUGUCUUGGGAGGAUACAUCACGAGCGGUUCUUCUUGGCGAUGGUGCUUCGGCAUUAACUUGCCCAUCGCCUUCGUCAGCAUGUUCAUCCUAUACUUUGUCCUUCGAUCGGAACUCCUCGGGCCGCAGCCCAUUCCCCAGCUUGACGAGACGACACAGACGAGCCGACGAACGACCUUCAAAAAGCGUCUCCAGACAAUCGACAUCGGAGGCCAGCUCCUCUUCCUGUUUGGAUUCGGUCUUCUGGUCCUCGGCUUGACAUGGGCCGGCGCAACGUACUCGUGGACUAGCCCCGCCGUUCUCGUGACGCUCAUCCUAGGUGUUGUAAUCAGCAUCCUGUUCAUCGUCUGGGAGUACCACAUGUCCCCGGGCAAGGCCCUGGCCCGCCGCUUCCCGUGGCAAAAGGCCAUGAUCCCUUGGGAGUUGGUCCGUAACAGGGACAUUGGCCUCUUGUUUUACACCUCUUUUGCGACGGGUAUGGCCAUGUACUCUGUUCUGUACUUUUGCAACAUCUACUUUACAAUGGUGAAGCUUUGGUCGGCGGACCAGUCUGGCGUACAGCUGCUGUACUUUACCCCGGGCUUGGCAGUCGGUGUGUAUGCCUCGGCCUUCAUGUGCAACGGCUGGCCGCGCAAGACGUUCCCACCCAUCUUUCUCGGAUCGAUUCUCGAAAUGCUCGGCAUCGGGUUGUUGGCGUGGGCACUUUGGACAGAGCACAACCCUACCGUAUACGGGAUGAUGGCUCUCACAGGCGUUGGAACCGGUCUCCGUAUCAUGCCCGUCCCUCUCCACGGCGUCGGCUACUUCCCCAAGAAAAUCGCGGCCGUCAUUUCCCUCAUGGCAGUCGCCUACCCCUUUGGCGGAACUCUGGGCCUGACCAUCAUGACGACUGUCUUCAACAACGCCUCUGGCAUCGGUGAGGAUUCGCCCCUGAGAGACUUUGAAGCCCUCAGCCGUCUGCCGGCGGCCACGCAGCAGCAGAUCACCCAUGACGCCAAGAUGGGUGUUGUCUGGGCAUUUGUCGCCAUCUGUCCCUUUAUGGUCCUUUGCACGAUAUCAGCCUCGCUCCUUGGCAACGUAUACAUCAGCAAAGUCGAGGAGGGCAAGGAUGAGAGGCAGAACGAAAUAUAUGAGGGCGUGUACUUGCUCAGCUAUUUCCGCAAGCGAGGCACUGUCAAGAAUGUUAGGAGAGAGCACUUGUCGGGCGGAGAAUCGACCUUGGAGUAGGUUGAGAAUGAUUAAAAUGGGCUGAGCUAUAGGGCUUUGUGUUUAUUGUUUUUGGUUGUUUUUAUAUGUUACGGGAGUUGGACAUCCCCUCUACGCUGAGUGCUUCUUUGAUAAAUUAGACUUGCCGCAUCAUGAUCAGCCGCCUCCCAAACUUUUGGCAGCGAGAUUGAAACGAGGGUGAAAUUAUAGAGGGUUAUGAAAUAUUUAAAACAUUGCUUGUCAAAAUAUCAAAGCUCUUCUGUCUCAGCACCCUCUAUCGGUAUCUCAGAUCAAUGAAUUGACAAGACUUGACAUUGGUCAGUGGCGAAGAGAAACAAGGAAAUACCA